GUUUGCUGGCUAUGCCUUCAAGAACCUGGGGAUCCCGAAAAAUUAGGGGAAUUUCUUCAGAAAGACAAUAUCAGCGUGCAUUAUUUCUGUCUUAUCUUAUCUAGUAAGCUGCCUCAGAGGGGCCAGUCCAACAGAGGUUUCCAUGGAUUCCUGCCUGAAGAUAUCAAAAAGGAGGCAGCUCGGGCUUCUAGGAAGAUCUGCUUUGUGUGCAAGAAAAAGGGAGCUGCUAUCAACUGCCAGAAGGAUCAGUGUAUCAGAAACUUCCAUCUGCCUUGUGGCCAAGAAAAGGGUUGCCUUUCACAAUUUUUUGGAGAGUACAAAUCAUUUUGUGAUAAACAUCGCCCAGCACAGAACAUCCAACAUGGGAAUAUGGGGGAGGAAAGUUGCAUCUUGUGUUGUGAAGACUUAUCCCAACAGAGUGUUGAGAACAUCCAGAGCCCAUGUUGUAGUCAAGCCAUCUACCACCGCAAGUGCAUACAGAAAUAUGCCCACACAUCAGCAAAGCAUUUCUUCAAAUGUCCACAGUGUAACAAUCGAAAAGAAUUUCCUCAAGAAAUGCUGAGAAUGGGAAUUCAUAUUCCAGACAGAGAUGCUGCCUGGGAACUCGAGCCAGGGGCUUUCUCAGACUUAUAUCAGCGCUAUCAGCACUGUGAUGCCCCCAUCUGUCUGUAUGAACAAGGCAGAGACAGCUUUGAGGAUGAAGGGAGGUGGUGCCUCAUUCUGUGUGAUACAUGCGGAUCCCACGGAACCCACAGGGACUGCUCCUCUCUUAGAUCCAACAGUAAGAAAUGGGAGUGUGAGGAGUGUUCACCUGCUGCAGCCACAGACUACAUACCUGAAAACUCAGGGGACAUCCCUUGCUGCAGCAGUACCUUCCACCCUGAGGAGCAUUUCUGCAGAGACAACACCCUGGAAGAGAAUCCGGGCCUUUCUUGGACGGAUUGGCCAGAACCUUCCUUAUUAGAAAAGCCAGAGUCCUCUCGUGGCAGGAGGAGCCACUCCUGGAGGUCCAAGGGUGUCAGAAUCACUAACAGCUGCAAAAAAUCCAAGUAACACCUUCUGAGUAGCUGCUAUCCCGCACAAUAGGGUAUGAAGCUGUGCUCCUCCAUCGGGUUUGGGGAGGGAACACUCUGGGACUGUGAGACAAGGAAGCAGGACCAGCAGUGAGUCUAUGAGCCAAGCAAAGAGAAGUCUCAGGGGAGCAUGAGGAGGGAGCAGCCCAGAUGCCAACAAGGAAAUGAGUUUAUGGCUACAAGAGUGCCUCUGCUUUCUCCUCCUCUCCUCCCACCAAGAUUCUUCCACCUUAAUCUGGUUUUCACAUGCCUCUUCUUCACCCAUGUUUGUUGUUUUGCAAUAAAGGUGUUCUCUCCA